CAGACGCGCCCAGGAACCACGAGGGGCGCCGCAAGUGAGACAGCUGUACCACACGAACAACCUGUCCGGGACACCUACAGAGGACAUGGUCGGUGGAUUGCCUAAUGGGAAGUGGUUAUUAGGUGUAUUUAACCUCCUUUUCAGCACUUAGCUUGCAGAUGCUCAGAACUACAGGCCUCUGCAGAUCUUCUACACCAGAAGCCUGUACAGGAUGAGACUGCAGUCUGUCAGCUCAAGGAUGAGCUGAGCCGUACGGCUCUACCAGACCCAUAACAAAUGGUCUCCAUACAUGCACCGCUGCGUUUCACAGUAUGAAUUAAUUAUUAUCCCUAUUACCAUCAUUCUAGAAACAUGCCAUCCUGCUGAGAUCAUUUAAAGGUGGCCAGUAUUUCAUUCAUUAUACUGCAUAUGUCUCAGACGGCAUUGCAGACCUUAUCUACUUGGAUGAAGGUUUACACAGGAAGAAGAAGAAAGGCUCUGCAUUAUAUCUAAAGCCCCGGGACCCCCGCACCUGGACCAUGUGGAAGCUGAACAAAAGCAAGGUUCUCAUAGAAGACACACCUGAUGAAGAAGCGCAGGCUCAGCCAGAAGCCCAGAGUAAAGACCAGUUACUCCAAGCCGACCUUCAAUCUCCCGUGUCACAACUUGCUACAAAGGAAGGCGAAGCAACCAGGUCCAGAUGAAAUGACAAUUCAGGAAGCUGGCCCUGUCAAGGAGAGGGCUGUCAGUAGAAGGAGAAAAGGUGGACAGAGUGGGUUGAGCCCUCCCUCGGUGCACUUAAAGGUCCAGGGUGCCAGCUUUCGAGGCUGGAAGGAGGUGACCUCCAUAUUUAACAAAGAUGAUGAACAGCAACUGCUGAAAGGAUCAAAGUCUCCAAAAUCAAAAGUAGCUUCUGUGAAGACAAAAGAUGAAGUAAAAACGGAGAAGAAAUCUGGCUUUUGGGACAGUUUGGCAAUUAAACAAAAUAUUCAACCAAAGAAAGCUGAUGAGAUUGAGGGCUGGGAGCCGCCACAAAUUAUGGUUGAAGACCCCCCGUCCUUUGCAGAAGACCCUUUAGAUGACAACCACUCUUGGCAAGGCUGGGAAGAAGAAGGCCAAGGAUCCUCCAAGUAUACAAAUUUGUCUAGUUCUGGAAACAGUUCUAGGUGGAGUAUUAAGUCAGCCGGCAAACUAGUUAGUAUUAGACGGCGGAGCAAAGGCAACCUCACCGAAAAUUGGGAAGAGUUAGAAUGACAUAGCUAGAAAUCUCUAAAUAUGCAAUAUCUUUACACAAGUUUCAUAGAUUUCAUGUCAUUUUAUACCAAAAUAUCCUAAGUAUUGUAUACCUAUGUACUUUUAUAUUUAAAGGCAUUUUGGACACCUUCGGGGGCAUUUUUUAUGAUAGAAUUUUACUUGUUGUAGGCUAGAAAUCAUUUUCAGUUGGUCUUUGUUAAAAAUUUCUGGUUGUUUCUGAGAAACAAGGGUUAAAAAUCAGUCUGUUUUGCAAGCUUUUCUUUGAAUCCUGUCAACUGACGGCUCUUGUCUUGCUCAUAUGUCUGUCCUCAAACACUUAUCUAAGGCCUCCUGCACACGACCGUUGUGUGCACCCGUGGCCGUUGCCCCGUUUAAUGUGUUUUUCUGCGGUCCCAUUGACUUUCAAUGGGUCCGUGGAAAAAUCGGAAAAUGCACCGUUUGGCA